AUGGAAUCUCCUUUUACCCAGGAGGAGGUUUUGUCUACUAUUAAGGCGCUCAAGCUGGGUUCCUCGCCAGGACCGGAUGGCUUUUCCACCGGUUACUACAAAAAAUUUGGAGAAUGCCUGGCACCACACUUGACGCGACUGUUCAACUCUCUCAGGGAUGGAGCCCGAUUUGGUACAGAUCUAAACUCCGCCUAUAUAUCGGUCAUUCCGAAACCGGAUAAAGAUCCUAGCGAGGUGUGUAAUUAUCGGCCAAUUUCCCUGAUUAACAAUGACAUUAAGAUAAUGACAAAAAUGUUAGCGAACAGGUUGUCCAGCUUCAUACCUUCCUAUAUUCACAAAGAUCAGCCGAAAAACUCAAAGGAGGCCACAUUACUUCCCUUGGACGUGGUGCGAGUCCUACGGGCGUACUUGUCUGCUACGGCUCCGUUCCGGAGAUCGGACUCACUGUACAUGUCAGUGAAUGGUCCUGAGAAAGGUUCAUUUGUGGUAACAUUUCUAUGUUUGCAUUUUCAGGAUGAGGAUGAUGAAGAUCCCAAGGAAGAAGAUGAGGAGGAUGAUGAUGAUGAUGAUGGAUUCUUUGUUCCACAUGGUUACUUGUCAGAGGAUGAAGGGGGUGUUUCUGAUGAGGAGUGUAAAAACCCUGAAAAUCAGAAAGUACGUCAGAAACUCAAAGCAAAGGAAUGGGAUGAACUGCAAACAAAAGGGAGGAAAAUUAAUGUGAUUAAGCCCAUUUUGAUUGGGUGUGUAUGGUUGGGAGGUAGUACAGAAGAGAUUCCUUUCCUCCAAAAAUUUUCUGCUUGUGUGUUGGAUAUGGUCAUCCCCAUUGAGGAAGAGAUGGUUCUAGAAUGCAAUUCCAGCCGAAGACUAGAAGACAGAGAAAUACUUAUGCAUCUUCUCCCUUUGCUUCAUGGAAACGUCAAUGGAAGCAAAAUAAUUAUCAAGGAGUUUCAAGAGUGUUGCAGGCGUGGCAUCAUUUCUUUGGGUGAUGGUAGCAACAUUGCUAUAACAGAAUCCACUAGUCCAAAUGCUUGCCACCAGAUGCCCAGCAGUUUUAAUAUACCUUCCAAAGCACGACUGAAACGUAUAAUUUCUGAGAAUUCGAUGUAUGAAAAACGCCCAGAUCAUCGUUUGUGUUGGUAUGUGCACAGUGACAUUUUGAAGAGCUUUCAGCAAGAUAGUCUUCCUGUACCAUGUCAGUGGAUAUAUAUCACCCAGUUGAAUUUGCCCAGCAGAGAUGAAAUUAUAAGCAUUGGUGGACAGACACAAGCAACACCUUCAUCUGGCAAAAGAAAAUCUGCUGGCAGUAUGCCCAUCACCAAGUUUAUGAAAAAAGCUACAAUAAUAGGAUCACUCAAUAAUAUAACUGUAACUGAGGCCAGAUGGUUUCCAGGCAGACACAGAAGAAGAUGAAGAUGAUAAUGAUGACUGUGUGAUUCUAGAGGAACAGCAAAAAAAGAGAUACUGACCCCAUAUUAUGCACAAUGAACGUCAACUUGAGUGAACAGCUUCUUCCCAAGCCGGAAAUUUCAAGAGGAUCAAACUGAUUUUUCAUCCGAAUGUUUUAAAGCUUUCUGGUUAAUUGUAUAAUAUAUUAAAAGUGGACAUACAUUUGACGUCAACACUGAGGAGAUUUUUAAUAUGCAUCCUAAUAACCUCAUAUGUCUCAAAUAAAGCACAAAUUAAAAAAUCAAACUCAAA